AUGUAUUCACAGUUAUUCGUCUUUAGCUUGAAGAAGAAUAUUACUAAGUGCCGGUAUUCCAAUAAGAAACAGCAGAUGUCUAAAAACUUCACCUUGGGAAAAGAUAUUCAUUUUGAGUAUGCACGACCUCAAUGUGCCAAGCGAGAUAGCUCCCGCAUAUCUCAUGGUGAUUUAUCAUUUGAAGUCGAAAUAGAUGAUUUUCAGGGUGAUUAUCCUUUAUCUAGAGUCAUCAAACAGGAUCAAGAUGGGAAUGUGAUUGUCCAAGAAGUUCAAGAUGAAAGUGAGUUUAGGGUAAUAUUUGAUAGUGAUGGAAAUAAGCGUAUAAUACAUCCCCAAUAUCCACCAUGUUCACCAAAUUUACAUGAACAGAUAUUGGAACAUCAGUUAGGCGAAGAAGAACUAAAUAGCCACGCUUUUGAUCGUGAUACUGAACAAGUGCAUCUCCCCUGUUCGGAUUGUGAAAAUGAGUAUUGUACGCAUACGGGAUUAGAGACUAAUCAUCAGAUAAAAGAGCUCUGUCAAAGAAAACGGAAAACUGAAUACCAUGAUGGCAAUCCAUGCAAGAGUGAAUGUUGGGAUCACUCUUCUAAAGAAUUGGAAGGUGGCAAUGCUGAUCUCCGUUAUGAUAAUUUGAUAAAACAAGGGGAAGAACCAGAAGAAGAACACGCAGUAGAAGAGGAUGAAGAAGUGUAUGACGAGAGUGAGGAAGAAUAUGAAGCUCACAACUGUUCAUGCCACCGCCAUAGAAAUGCACUCAAUAAAAAAUCUAGACACAUUCCUAGUAUGUUGGAAAAACAGAAGUCUAUCAUUUUUGAGCAAAUUCAAAUACCGGUAAUGGGCAAUUUUCUUUGGGAUUUUGAACAUCAAAAUGACAUUCCAGAUAUGGUGAAAUUCUGGAUUAGCCUAUCGUACGAACGUAAGCGGGAAAUAGCUGAUAUAGAUUUUCUUGAAAUUCUGAAUUUGGUUCAAGUGGAUCAAAAGACAAACUGUUUAUGUCAGUUGUGUGGAAAUAGGAAAAUAGUGAUUCAAAAUGAAUUAUUGAAGUUGUAUAAUGGUUAUUAUAAUAUUCGAAGACUUGUUGCAUCUUCAUUGGAUGAGGUUGACCUUAAUAUAAACACUAUAAAUGCGAUGCUGGGUAUUGUGGAGGAAGAAUUAACCAUGCAACCAGAAGAAAAUUAUGAUUUAGAGCACAAAAAUCCCACCUCAAAGGAGACUAACUAUUCAUUCAAUGGCUUACUGUCUGUUGCUGAUGACUUAGUAAAAAAUAAUGGCGAGAAUUUUAUCAAUCUAAUUGAAAAGUUGGAGAAUAGAGGAGACUCAUCCAGCGUAACACUAAAGGAUAAAGUAGACGAAGAAAGUACCUUCAAAGAAAGUGAUAUAGAGCGGCCACGGGAAGAGGAAUUUCAAGAAGGAGAGGAUUACGAGGAAGAUUAUGAAGAAGACUACGAAGAAGAUAACGAUGAGGAGGAAGACUAUGAAGAUGAAUAUGAGAGUGACAAUGUAUCUAUCAAUUCGGAUGAUGAUUUUUCUUCAAAAAGGAGGCUUGAAGAAACAUACAGGAUGCUCUUGAUCUAUUCUUCUAAAAUUCUGCGAAUGAGACUAUAUUCAGCCUUUCAGGCUAAGCGAGCUGAAGAUAUUUCUAAAAGCCUAUUAGAAGAGGAGGCUCGAGAAGCGAAACUGAGAGAGGAAAGAGAAGAGAAAGAAAAGGCAAAAAAGGAAAGAGCAAAAGAAAAAAAAAGGUUGCAGAAGAUGGCAAAGGAAGAAGAAAGAAUGCGGUUGCAAAAGGAAAAAGAGGAGAAGGAACGUUUAUUGAGAGAAGAACAGCAGCGUAAAAUGGAAGAAGGCCGUAAACGUAAAGAAGCUGAACGUAAAAAACGGGAAUUAGAGUUGCAGAAGAAGCAAGAGGAAAGGAGAAAAAACAAAGAGGCUGAGUUAGAACGUCAAAAAAGAGAGAAACAGGAGAAAGAGAAGAAAAAACUUGAAGCAAAAAGACUUAGGGAGGAAGAAUUGAAAUUAAAAUCCCAAGAGAAGGAGAAGAGAGAAAAAGAGCGGUCAACAGCUAGGCAAAAAGAUAAUGAGAAGAAAACGCUUGCACAAGAAGCGCAGAACAAAAAAGGAGGCCAGGAUCAAGACUACGAAAACCCAGAUUUUGAGUUGAAGCACCAAAAUAAUCCAAUGGAAUUCAAGGGAGUUCCAUCAAGGGCAUCUAACUAUCAGAUAAGUUUUCAGCCAUCAUAUUCACUAAAAUCUGUAGCAGAAUCUCCCAUUUCUAUGAAAAAUGUCUCCUUUGCUAAUCAAUAUGAUAGUAAUUUAAUUGAAAUCAUCAAUCCUGCCACUAAGAGUAUGGCUAUGGGUUCGGGUAGCGAUGUUUUUCAAUCGAUGCACAACCCAGUUACGGAUUUAUCUGAUAAGCUAAAUACAACAGAGAAGAACAUCGAGAAUGCGGGCAACAUUUCAUCUAAUCUUAAUAGCUUCAACUCUAUGCUAUUUGAUCACAGUGCGCUGAGGGAUAUGCAUGGUUUCUCGGACUCACUGUGGAAUGGUUCCGAUUGCAUUCCUAAUUCAUCAACUACUCUAAAUCCUAAUUUAAAUGGGUUGAACAACGUUCCAAGGAGUGGAUCAAUUUGGUCAGAUGACUUGAACAAUCGGAGUGGCUCAAAUUUUAGAUGGAAUUCUGAAAUAGCAGAUACUACUAAUGUCGAAACACAGCUAAGACCAAUAUCAGAAAUAGUUCAGAGUGAAGUCAUCAAAGCCUCCAUCACACUACCGCCAAUCAGUCCUAACAUCUACUCAGUUCCCCUGUUUUAUCAUUACAUUAGAUCUUUACCAAAUAGUUCAAUCCCAAACUUCACUAUGGAGGAGUUUAUGAAGAUACUACUAGUCAACAAUGAGGAAACUCUAUUCUACCAAUUCGAAUUGUUUAAGGAUAUGAAUGGCGUUGAUCUUGUAAAGAUUGUGAAUAGAAGUCUGACCGAACCACAGCCAACUAUGAACACUAGUCUUUUGAAUCAUAUCCAUGGUGUUCCUACCACGAGUAUGGGCCUUGACAGCAGUUCGAUGCAAAUGAGUAUACAGAAUCUGAGUGUGAAUAAUCCUCCUUCUGCGAACACUAUGAAUAUAGGUGGGACUGCUAUAAAUAUGAACACCAUGGACAUGAACAAUAUGAAGUUGAACGAUGGAAUGAUGAUCAACGGAAUGGGCAUGGGUGGCAUCAACAAUUCAAACAUGAUGAACUUGCACACUCUGAAAAAUAUAAACGAUAUGGUCAACAUUAAUAGCAUGAAUAAUAUGAAUAAUAUGAAUAACAUGACCAACAUGAGCCACAUGAACGUGGAAGGCGUAAAAAUGAACGGCAUUAAUACAUCAGUUUUGAACGACGUAAAUAUGCUGAGUGGAGUCAGCAAUGUCGAAGGGAUGAGUGAUCCAAACUACGGUUUUAGUGGUAACAAUACCAAUGUAAAUACAGACAUGAACGUCAUGAUGAAUUCUAUGAACAUGAACAUGUCUACUAUGAACCUACAAGGGUUCGAUAGACCUUCCACCGGUUCACAACACCAUGGUGAUGCUUUUGCAAAAGAAGGUGUUCCAACUGUCCCUUCUCCAUGGAGACGUUUUAAUUGA